UUCAAGCAUAAGGCGAAAAGAUUCAAGAUGGUAAACGAGCAUUUGUACGGAGCUGUUGGUGAUCGCUGGGUCAAGAUUCCACAUGUUGAUGAACGCGAUGCUGUUCUUGAAAUGUUGCAUGAUGGUCAUGGACACUAUGGAAUAUAUGGUACCUGGGCUCGACUUUUUGCCUCUUUUUGGUGGCCAAGCGCAUAUAACGACAUGUGUCAUUAUAUCAAGUCGUGCAAAGAUUGCCAAUUGUUUUCAAACCUACCAAGGCGGUAUGCCCCAGGACGC